GGGGAGGUAGGCGGGGGGGACCUUAAAGCCCCCGCACGAGCAGAGGGUCCGGCCUGUGGACGGAGCUGUGGCCGCUGCACCUGCUGCUGAGGAUGGCGGAGUCUGCGGCGCCGGUGAAGCGGCCGAUGAACGCCUUCAUGGUGUGGUCCAGCGAGGAGCGGAAGCGGGUGUCCGCCCUGCACCCCAAGAUGCACAACUCGGAGAUCAGCCGCCGCCUGGGCGAGGUGUGGCGGGGACUGGCCGAGGAGGAGCGGCGGCCGUACCGGGAGCAGGCCAAGCGGCUGCGGGAGCUGCACGCCCGGGAGCACCCGGGCUACAAGUACGCGCCCCGCAAGAAGAAGCGGGACAAGGGGGAGCCGCGGCCGCACAACCCCGGGCCCCCGGCGCCCCAGCAGCCCGGCAACGGCGGCCUCCUGGCGGGGCAGGACGGGAGGAGCGGCGGCGGCGAGGUCCAGCCCGGGUACCAGGAGCCGUACAGCUACCUCUCGUAUUCGGGAGCCCCCCGGGCGGAUGCGGCGUUCCCCGUGGUCAGUGAUGUUUCGGCGCUCUAUGGAUUAGGACUUUAUGACUUUGGAGAGAGGCGUGGGAUCCAGCCACAGGUGCAUUACCAGACGGUGGAGGUGGAUGGUGGGGGGUCUCUGAUCAGCCUCUGACACGGGAGCUGGGGGUACCGACCCCCCAUCUUGCUCUGACGGUGACCGCUGUGGACAUCUGGGGGCGUGGCCUGUACGUCCAGGUUCCUCAAUAUGGAGAAGUAUAGACACUGGAGGACGCCCAAUCCACCCUUCCUCCCUACGGGGGGC